CAGAAAUUGUUCAGAAUGUUACAUUCUGUGUUAUUUUGUUUCACGGCUUUCAUCGCCGUGGAAUGUGGUUUUCUCACAGACAUAUAUCGAAUAAGUCCUGUGGCUGAUAUUACAUCAAGAGAUUGGGACUUGCAAACCUUGGAGAUAAUGAACGAAGACAAAGUGGAUCUAGACUUGUACUACGAGAGUUUGUGUCCAUAUUGCGCAAGAUUCCAUAUAAAACGUCUGGACCCCGUUUAUAAAGAAAUGAGCUCGUAUAUAGACCUAAAGGUGUACCCUUAUGGAAAUGCUCGAAAGCACGAAGAAGAUGGAAAGACAGUAAUAGUUUGCCAGCACGGAGAGAAGGAGUGCUAUGGGAACAAACUCCACGCGUGCGCCAUCGAUAUAGUCAAGGAUAUGACCGUGGCCGAGCCUUACAUAUCCUGCAUGAUGAAUGGGACUUGGGGGGGAGGUGGGUCUACGGAUAUGGAUGCUACUAAGUGCGGAGAUUUAAUGAAAAUCGACUCGAAGCCUAUAAUAGAAUGCGCCAAAGGCAAAAAGGGCGAGGAACUUCUAGAAUACUAUGGAAAAGAAACAGAGAAGGUGAAAUUCCAUGGCGUGCCGGCGGUAAGAAUUAAUGGCGAGGAUUUUGACCUGAUCGAUGAUCUGAAGAAGAAAAUUUGUGAAGCUUUGAAAAAUCCGCCGCCGGAAUGUAAAACGAAGAAUCUUUUGAGCUUGUUGAAUGAUUUUAUCUGAAUUUGGUGGAAAUAUAUGUAAAUGCGGAGUUGUGA